AUGAAGGGGCGUCCAGUUGAUCAGCUCGUUUACGAGCACAUGUUUCCCAAGCCUCGUGCCAGCGACCCUCAGAACUUCCACGCUCUUUUGCAGCGCAGCCUUAUUCUGGAAGUCCGCCAAGAGGUUCACUCUUUCUACGGCCACCUCGACACCCAGGAGGCCAAAUACCCGGGCUUGGACUACUGUAACCCUAUCCACCGCAUUCGUCUGAGCCGCUGGACCUGGCACCGUCGCCUCUUCCGAGCCUUUGACAACCUCCGCCUCACCCCGAACGAGAUUGCAGGCCUGACUAAGUGGGAGGGCACCAAAUGGGCCAAGGAGCGCUACGAGAAGGAACAGGGCAUCACCAUCCGCGACACUGCCGGCGACGGUUUCCCUGAUUGGGUCGAGCCAGAAGACCGCCCUGCUCUUCCUGCACGCGACACUACAUCGCAGUCAGUCGACACAGAUGACGCCUCGGAUCCAGGCGAUGAGGACAUGGACGGUGAAGAGAGUGACGAGGAGCUACACAGCGUUGGCGAGGCCCUGAACCAAAGGCUGAGAGAGCGCGUAGCGCAACGAGAUGCUGGAGACAUGUCUACUGUGCUAGACGAGGAAUGGGAGCAGUGGCUCAAGAACGUGAUUGAGAGCGGCGAGCUGCCUUUCAUCAACAGCAGUCAGAUCGCCCAGCGCGGAGUCUCGGACGGCAUCUUGACGCAACCACCAUUUCCCUCCAGCAUGCUGUCUGCUGCUCGUGCCGGACAGUGGCAAGAUAUCCCCGACUUUCUUCACGACAUCAUCCGCCGCACGCUCGAGGCGCCAAACUCCAGCGUUGAGGCACCUCCGCCCAGCAACACUAACCCUCCGCGAGAGAGGAGGGACACCGACGACCACUACUACGCUGAACGCAUCAUGGACUGGCGGCGGCGUCAUUCUGGCCUCCGCCUUCCGUUCUCCACCGAAGUCCCCAUGACGCCGCGGGAACUCGCGGAACGGACAGACAUUCGCAGAUGGAACUUUCCGUUCACCUACCCUCCUGAUGUCAUCCGGGCCAUUGGGGAGAACGACGAGAAUUUCCCCUGGUCGAACUUGGAACCCCCGGGCCUGGGCGAUGACAUGGACGCGGAACCGAGCCCGGCCGCGUCGUGA